AACCCAUCUCUCAAAACAAUCAAUUUCUCUCUUUUAAUUCUAAUGGCGUCUCCUAAAUCUUCAACAAGACCAAACCAAGAAAAUCAAGAACCCAAGUUCCAAGAUUUCUUCCCAACAAUGGCCGGUAAACUCGGUGGAGAAGGUCUAAUCGAAGAGCUUUGCAAAGGGUUCGAGCUUCUUAUGGAUAAAGACAAAGGAGUCAUCACAUUCGAGAGCUUACGAAGAAACGCAUCGACGGUUCUUGGACUUGGAGAUCUAACGGACGAUGAUGUUCGAUGCAUGAUCAACGAAGGAGAUUGUGAUCGAGAUGGGGCGUUGAAUCAGAUGGAGUUUUGUGUGCUCAUGUUUAGACUUAGUCCUGAACUAAUGGAAGCGUCACGGUGUGUUGUGACGGAGGUGAUCGAGGAAGAGUUUUCCGAUUAUAGUCACCGGCAUUGAUAGAGAAACCUUCUUUCUUUGAUAGAGACUCUGACUAUUUUUUAGACAAAAACGAAAAACCAAUUUAAUAAUUUAUUGUUAUUUUU